AUGACUAGCAAACUCGCCCUGUUCGACCAAACACUCAGCGCAUCCCUCCUCCAACCGAUAAACUCCGAUCAUGACUAUAAAGCCUACAAGACCAAAGUACAGCUGAAAAUUCUGGAACAAAGAAGUGAGAGUGGCGGAGAAAAAGAGCUAAAAUUCGAGUUGAGUCGUGCCGAUGACUUCGAAUUCUUGUUCGCCGAAACGCUCAACAACGAAAAAUAUCAAGUGCUGGCACGGGAACACGACUUAACAGUGGAUUUCGAUACAUUUCCGAAAGUAAUUAUUCAGCAUCUUCUCUGCAAAAAUAUUGUGAAUAAUUUGGAUGACGACGGAGGUGUCGAUGCGAGAAAAAAGCCGGGAUAUCAUAGUAUUAUUGAUCACGGGCGGCCCACUGAAAUCAAUAUAAUUCUUGAAAAAGAAAAGAGUCAGUGUGUAUUCGAAAUAUUCUCGAAAACCCCUAUAAGCAAGGGAAAGAUUUUUGCAAUGACGUUAUGGGCGGUACGUGGCGAUCAUCUGAUUUCACACCUUCUGAAAAUCUGUUCUUUUCAAUCGGCGAAACUCUCCACGUUCAAUAAAACCAGUGAUGAAUUGGAAGUUUUGAGAAAGAAAUGCGAAGAUUUGGAGGGGGAAAACGGGAAAUUAGAGGAAUCACUGAAGGAAUUCGAGGAGUUGUCCGAUAGAAUUCGAGAUUUAGAGGAUGAGUUGGCGCUGGAAAAAGAGGAAAAAGGGAAUGUUGUCGCGUUGGCAGAGGAGAAAGAUUUGAGGAUUAGUCAGUUGGAAGAAGACGUGGAUUCGAUGAAUCGGGAGUUGGAUGAGAAUCAAGAAGAGUUGGAUAUUGUAGGAAAGAUGUUGAGGGAAGAGCAAGGGAAGGUCGAUCAGUUGCAGAAACGGAAUUCACUUCAUCAAAAAGAAAUUGGGAAAUUGAGAGCGGAAAACUCGUUGAUUCAAAGAAAUUUCGAGAAGGCUGAUGGCUUGUUAAAGAAAAACGAUUUACAGCAAAAUCAACAGAGUCUAGAUAUCCGAAAACUUAGAGAACUUGAAGCGGAUCUGAAGGAAAAGGAUUCGAUGGUAGAGAACUUGACGGGGACGAUUGGGUUAUUAAGGAAAGAAUUGGAGGAUGAAAAGCUGAAAUUGAAAGAAGUGAUGGAUAGUUUUGAGAGGCUGAAAGUUGAGAAUGAGGGAGUUAAAGAGAGACUCUCGAUGUAUCGAACACAGCGAUACAGUCCGGCGCCUACUGGUUUGACGGUGCCUACAGUGGGAUAUAAACCAGUUCUUGGACAGAAUUCUCCGUAUACGAAUCCGAAUAUGCGAACCCCUUUCCGAGACGCCACCACCACCGCUUCCAACUUCCAAAACAUGAAUAUCACCCCACUUCCCCAUGCGGCUCGUUUCAAUCAACUCGCUGAUGACACAACGGGUUCAACGAUGACAAAUACACCGCCUGUGAUGAGAAAUCCAUUAUAA